CCUCUCCCUUCCAAGCGAAAAACCGAAGAAGAGCGACAGCAACGACGGGACUUUUACACCGCCCAGGCAGCUGCAUCGCUCAGAAAUGACGACCAUUUUACUGCUUAUCGGCAUUAUCAAAAGUGCGUUGACGUGACGCCCGAGAUGGCACUCCAAUUCAUCAAGGCUUUGCGAGCAAUCAACGUCGAGUACAUUGUUGCUCCCUACGAGGCGGACGCGCAGCUUGGCUAUUUGGCGCGCGAAAACUACAUUGCAGCAGUCAUCUCAGAAGACUCUGACUUGCUGUUAUUCGGCUGUCAACGCGUCCUAUAUAAGAUGGACAAGUUUGGCGAAGGUGUCCUGAUUGAUCAGAAGGACUUUGCAAACUGUUUGGAGCUUGACUUGCAAAAUUGGACGCUGGACCAGCUUCGACGCAUGUGCAUUCUAUCCGGUUGUGAUUAUCUGGAUUCCAUCAGUGGCAUUGGUCUCAAGACGGCCAACAAGCUGUUGAUACGGUACAAGACCGUUCAAAACGUGGUCACCCAUAUGCGCAAAAAGAUGAUGGACGUCCCACGAGAUUACGAGGAUCUCUUUUUGCAAGCAGAAAACACGUUUAAAUACCAGCGCGUCGUUCAUCCCGGAUCUCUCGAGCUCACACACGUCACCCCUGUUCCCGAUGCCGUCGAUAUUUCUCAGAUGGACUAUAUUGGACCAAUACUCGAACCUCAUGUCGCACGAGGAAUUGCGCUGGGAAAUAUCAACCCCAACACAAUGGCUUGCAUGGAUAACUAUGAUCCAAAUGCAACCAUGGUGGUCAGUUCCAAGGAGGUUGUGGAAACAGAUGCUGACUCUUGUGCUGCCCCAUGUGCCAACACUGAGCCUUCAUCGACCCGCCUGACCAUUCCCAAACCUAUGUGGAUUGCUCCAAAGGCGUUCAAAAACCGCUUUAGCGCUUUCAGCGCAACAAGCAACCUGGCGCCUUUGCAAAAUCAGGCAUCCAUUCUUCAAUUCCUCAAGCCUUCAGAAGGUGCCUCCAGAGGGUUCAAGGCACCUGCACAAGCGCCAGUAGCACCACCGGCGUCGCCUCCGGCUGGAGAUGUGCCAAUCACUCCUCUGCGAAGGUACCCAGCCUCCGACGCCCAACCCCGCAUUUCCAAGCAAUCGGCCGCCAUCAUUGGCUCGUUUGCACGAAAGCGUACUUUUGAGCAGGCUAGCUCCGAUCACGCCGAGCAAUCGGAAGACCAAUCCGAAUCCGCGGCACAAGCGUCGAUGGCAGAGGAAGAAAACGACGAGGAUGUCUUCUUGUCGCCCGAGCUCGCUCAGGAGGCCUUGAUGCCAAACGAGACGGCGGAUCCAUCGUCGGCUGUCAAUCUAUUUGGACCAACCUGGUUGGAGGACAUGCGCACCUACCUGGUGCACCAGCACGAAGAAGCUUCCCAGACACGAAGACUUCUCCCAUACCCCAGCGUCUGGUCGCAGGGCAUCGAGCUCUGCAUCAUCUGA